GCGCGGUGACUCCCGGGCUGAGCAGGAAGGAAACCGCUCCCGAGCGGCAGCGUCUCCCGGCCGUGCAGCUGCAGCCACCGCCGCUCCUCCGCCAGUCCGUCCUCCCGCAGCAUGAGCGGCCUGCGAGUCUACAGUACGUCGGUCACCGGGUCACGCGAAAUCAAAUCCCAGCAGAGCGAAGUAACCCGCAUCCUGGAUGGGAAGCGCAUCCAGUACCAGCUAGUGGACAUCUCCCAGGACAACGCCCUACGGGAUGAGAUGCGAGCCUUGGCGGGCAACCCCAAGGCCACCCCACCCCAGAUUGUUAAUGGAGACCAGUACUGUGGGGACUAUGAGCUGUUUGUGGAGGCUGUGGAACAAAACACGCUGCAGGAGUUCCUGAAAUUGGCCUGAGCCAAGCCCAAGCUGGCCAACUGCAUUCCCUCCCCGCAUUCCCCCAGCCCCCAGCCAUUGUGGGCCAUGAAGGACCUUGUGACCAACUCCCUGUUAUUCCUAACCUUCUGACCUUGGAGCCCUGUCCCCCAACCCAAGCCUCUCCUCCUCCCUUUAACUGUAGACCCCCCCUCCUCAUUCAGAGGCAGCAUUCCUGACCCAGUAGUCUCAGAAAUUGUCUUAAGCAACAGCCCAAGUGCUGGCUGUCUCAGCCUGGCUCUGGGCCUGCCACCCUGCCUGGCACUGGCUAAUGGGCAUCUUCGUUGGUUCCAUUAGCCUGGGCUCUGCCAAAGGCCCCGCAGUCCCCAACUGGGAGCACCCUAGAGACAAUUAAAUGUCCCAUUCCAUUGG